CCAAGGCGCUAGCUGACUGGGGUGGGGGACCGUUAGCUGGCCAGGCUGGCAGGCUGCGGGCCGCUACUCUGCUGGAGGCCAGGAUGGAGACGAUGAGAGCACAGCGGCUACAGCCUGGAGUAGGCAACAGCGGGAGGGGCACUCUUCGAGCCCUGCGGCCCGGAGUGACUGGGGCCGCGGCUGCCGCCGCCACACCCCCAACAGGCCCCCCACCGGCUCCGCCACCUCCCGCACCGCCGCCGCCACCAUUGCUCCUGUCCGGGGCCCCCGGGCUGCCCCUGCCCCCCGGCGCCGCCGGCAGCCCGGCUGUGCUGCGGGAGGCCGUGGAGGCUGUGGUAAGGAGCUUCGCCAAGCACACGCAGGGCUACGGCCGAGUGAAUGUGGUGGAGGCACUUCAGGAAUUCUGGCAGAUGAAGCAGUCUCGUGGGGCGGACUUGAAGAAUGGGGCUCUAGUGGUUUAUGAGAUGGUUCCCUCCAACAGUCCUCCCUAUGUCUGCUAUGUCACCCUGCCUGGGGGAAGUUGCUUUGGGAGUUUCCAGUUUUGCCCUACAAAAGCUGAGGCCCGGAGGAGUGCUGCAAAGAUUGCACUAAUGAACUCUGUGUUUAAUGAACAUCCGUCCCGAAGAAUCACUGAUGAGUUCAUUGAGAAGAGUGUCUCUGAGGCCUUGGCAUCUUUCAAUGGCAACAGGGAGGAAGCUGACAACCCAAAUACAGGAAUUGGUGCCUUCCGAUUCAUGUUGGAAUCCAACAAGGGCAAGUCAAUGUUAGAGUUCCAGGAGCUAAUGACAGUUUUUCAACUGCUGCACUGGAAUGGCAGCCUUAAGGCCAUGAGGGAAAGACAGUGCUCUCGGCAGGAAGUGUUGGCUCAUUAUUCGCACCGGGCCCUGGAUGAUGAUAUUCGCCACCAAAUGGCCUUGGACUGGGUAAGCCGGGAGCAGAGUGUACCUGGGGCACUGUCUAGAGAGCUGGCCUCCACCGAGCGAGAGCUGGAUGAAGCCCGACUGGCAGGCAAGGAGCUGCGCUUCCACAAGGAGAAGAAGGAUAUUCUCAUGCUGGCUGCUGGGCAGUUGAGCAAUAUGCAUUCUUCCAACUGUUAGGCAUCCACCCACAUACUCUCAUCCUCUCUAGGCCUUAUAGUAUGUGUCCUUUCUAAGACUUGGGAUGAUUUCUGUAUAUACUUCCUCAAUUUUAUACUUUAAAAUAUAGAUAUAUAUGUAUAAAUUCUACACCUGGAUUCCUGUUUUUUAAGAGAUCCUUUUCUUCCAAUUUUUGGAUGUAAUUUCAUUUGAAACAUCUUCACUCUACUUUAAAGGAAGGAGCUAGGUGUUUUUGGAGCUCUGCUAGCUCUUAAACUUCCAGACUAACUCUGUGGUCAUUUCAGUAGCAUAAUAUGAUUGACUAAGUGUUCAUGUCUCCUUCUUUUAAAAUAACAGGUAGCCUGACUAAGCAAUGUGCCCCACCUUUACUUCAUUCCUGCUUUGUCUUGGAAUCAAACAAUGUAUGAGUGUGAAGCCUUUGGCUUUAUUUUACCUUUAGCUGAAUCUACUUAGUACCCCUCCCCAUCACUACCUUACUCCUCUGCUUAUAAGUUCUACUUUGUUUUGAGGCUUCCUUACCUUAUUAUUCCAAAGGACUUGGAGAUCUAGUUUCUUAUUUCCCCUCUCCCCCUUUGCCUGGUUUCUUAUUUUUAAAUCACUCUAAAGAAACUUCCCAGGAAUGAGAAAAAUUAUAAACACAAUUCAUGGGACUUUACUAUCUAAGUUGCUUUUGGGGCAUAUCUAUACCAGUAGUCCAGGUUUCCAGAUGUACACUACAGUAAGAAGGGGUCAGGGUUGAAGCUAAUUGUCGUUCAGUGUUCCCUUUUCCCUUCUCACCUGCUCUCCCAGCUUAGUUAAAUCCUGUAUUUAGAUCUUCCUGCCUACCUAGACUAAUGGAAGGUAAAACAUAUUUCCCUCCUCCUUCUCUAGAAUCAUUUUGCUUUUGGAUGCAUUAUUGGUCCUAUUUGAUGAGUAAGGGCCAUGUUCCUCUCACUCCCACUAAAUUGUUGCUGUUUACUGCCUUAGAAGUACAUACCUUAGAAUCUCUUUUCUCUCUUUUCUUUGCUUUUCCUCCACACUGAUUAGAGCAUAACUUGAUCAGGAAAAUCAGAUGAGACUUAAUACUGCAGCACUUCCUAACUGGAACCUUGGGAAACUGUAGGAUGGGAAAGAGAAUCAGUGAUCAGCUAUUUCUAUCUUUAAUACCAUUCUCCUUCCCCACCUCUCUCCUGAAUGAAGUAAGAGAGCAAAGACCUAGAGUACAGCUAAAGCAUUCUCCUUUUGAAGAAUUUUUUUGAGGUCUAAGAUAUAUUUUCCCCUUGUUUUGUGGUGAUCUCUUUUAUACUGUAUCAUUGCUCAGUAUGCUUUCUAAACUGAGCUUGAAAUGUUUAUUGCUUCUGCAGCUGGACUUUCCUUUAACAAUUAGACAGACUUUACUUUUAGAAAUAGAUUAGGGAGCUGGUCACAAUUUGCUCUUUUGGAUUAGAUAGGGGCAAGAUGAAAGGAAGCUUUCUUGCUUUUAAAAUCAUCUUGGUGGUGGCUCAACACCCGUAGCUCAGUGGUUAGGGCACUGGCCAUAUACACUGGGGCUGGUGGGUUCAAACACAGCCUGGGCCUACUAAAUAACAAUGACAAUUGCAACAACAACAACGAAAACAGCUGGGCAUUGUGGUGGGCACCUGUAGUCCCAGCUACUUGGAAGGCUGAGGCAAGAGAAUUGCUUAAGCCCAUGAGUUUGAGGUUGCUGUGAGCUGUGACACCAUGGCACUCUACCUGGGGUGACAUAGUGAGACUCUGUCUCAAAAAAAAUGCUUAAAUAAAAUCAUCUUGGUGACCAUUACCUAAGGGCCAGAGGUAAGGAAUCCAGCUACAAUUGUAUUAAAUAUUAGUGCAUGAAUUUUCCAAGCCUCAUCUUAGUAUUCCAUGAAGCACAUGUAGAGUUGGAGUAGAGGCUCCUACAUUAAAUAAUAGGUAUAUCUACCUGUUUUUAUUGGUAUUUAUAACUCAGAAAUCAUAAAUGCUUCCGUUUCUCCUAUGCUUGUUUCCCUGGGAAGAAGUGUUAAUGCAUGUGAGUUGGGGAGAAUUGUUCUUGCACCUCCUGGAUUUAUUAUUUUUCUCAAAUAUCACCCACUAGGAGCCCAAGGAACUUGAAAAAAAUUGUUCCCUGAUCUGUUCACUUUUGAUGUCAAAGAUUUUACUUACCUUUUUAGUACUUUUUAUGUAUUUAUAUAUAAUUUUAUACAAUUAAAAAGAUUUUUGUCUAGUGA